AUGGUGUUCCCUGCAGCAGUGGCAGAUCCCUGGCUUUGCUUGCUGCUCCUCCUGGGGGUUCCCCUCACUCUGGGGACCUCUAUUGCUGGGGGGCUGCACAAUGUGCCAGUUUCAGACCCAGAAGUCCAGCAGGCGGCGCAAGUAGCCGUAAAGACCUACAACGACCUCAAUAAUUGCAUGUACUACACCCAGGGGGAGAAGGUGCUGAGCGCCCAGAGACAGGUCAUGUCUGGGAUCAUGCUACAUCUGACCAUGGAGCUGGUGGAGACACUGUGCAGAAAAAGCCAAGGUGGCAUUGUGGAUCUUAACAAGUGCCUCCUGCCGCCCCCAUCCCAGCAGAAGAAAGUGCGCUGUAACUUCCAGAUCUGGUCUCAGCCCUGGCUCAGGAGGACAGAGAUAAACUUUCGCUGCAAUUCUGGCUGUCACUGA